AUGAUGAUCAAACAACUAACAGUAUUGUCAUCACUUGUGCUAUUGUUGGCCGCAUUGGCCACUGCCGAGCAGAUGUACCACCGCGUGCGAUCACCAUACCCUUACUACAGCAUUCGUAACAAGGGCAUCAGAUCCAACCCAGACGACCCAUCUCCACCACCCUACGACGAGUACUACUACAUGCAGACAUUGGACCACUUCAACUUCCACAACCAAGGCGAGUUUGCCCAGCGCUACCUCGUCUCCACCACCUACUGGAACCCACCACAACCCGGCGCAUCCGUGUGCACCUCGCCCGUGCUCUUCUACACUGGUAACGAAGGUGACAUCACGCUGUUCUACGAGAACUCGCAGUUUGUCACCAACGUGCUCGCCCAGCAGUUUGGCGCGUUGCUCAUCUUUGCCGAGCAUCGCUACUACGGCGCCACCAUGCCGUUUGGCGACAACUCAUCGACACCAGAGAACCUUGGCUACCUGACCAGCGAGCAGGCUUUGGCCGACUACGCCCAGCUGCUGCAGGCCGUCAUGGCCGACAUGGACAUCUCUCACUGCCCCGUGCUCGCCGUCGGUGGCAGCUAUGGAGGUAUGCUUGCUUCAUGGUUCCGCAUGAAGUACCCCAACGUGGUCGAUGGUGCUCUCGCCGCCUCGGCUCCCAUCCUCUACUUCCUUGGCACUGGCGCAUCGUCCGAAGGCUUCAACGAGAUUGCCACCGUCGACUUUGCUCAGACCAGCUCAGAGGUGGAUCAAUUGGUUAACUGGCUCGAGGCUGCCAUCACAUACAUGGCCAUGGCUGAUUAUCCUUACCCAGCCAACUUCUUGGAGCCAAUGCCAGGCAACCCAAUCAAUGUGUCGUGCUCUUUGUUGGCUCAGCAGACCAAUGACAUUCAGGGUCUGGUACAGGUGAUGAAUGUGUACUUCAACUCGACAGGUCAGGCCGGUCAGUGCAACAACGUGUCUGUGUACACCACAUCGGCACUUGGCUCCAACCUCUGGGACUACCAGGCAUGCACAGAGAUGGUGAUGCCCAUCUCGGCCAACGGCAUCCAGGACAUGUUCCCCGCUGCCCCAUGGAGUCUGUCGCAGCUCAACGAGUACUGCCAGCAGACCUGGGACGUCACCCCCAACGCCAACUGGAUCACCACCUACUACCAGGGCUCGGACAUGGUUGCUGCCAGCAACAUCAUCUUUAGCAAUGGUGUGUUGGACCCAUGGAGAGCCGGCGGUGUCACCACCGAGUCGCCCAACAACAUCAUCCCCAUCGUCAUCGAGGGUGGCGCUCACCACCUCGACCUUCGCAUGCCAAACGCUGCCGACCCCGAGUCCGUCACCAACGCUCGUGCCCUUGAGACCAAGUAUUUGGCUCAGUUUGCUGCUGAGGGUUCGCUCAGAAAGGCAAGGAAGUAA